AUGGGGACUUACAAUAAAUCAGCAACCCUCUCGAUCGGAUCUCUUAUCGCUCAAGAAGUUACAUAUUCUGAUAAAUCUAUCAUAUCAACCUACUCGAUUCAAGCUCUAUUCAUCAUGUCGACCGAAGCCAGGCCAAAACACCCCGGUAAAACUUACUCAGAGCAGUAUCGGCGUCCGAAGGAACUCGCUCCGAACCGAGCAAGACGACGAAAAUCUACCGCUAGAAACCUAAGAAGCAGUACAAAAGUUCCAGAUAUCGUACCGUCGGAGUGGGACCGUGAUUCCGUUGAUUCUACGAAAUCCGAUAACCCUAAUACAACUGCGAAAGAAGUGAUAAAACAAGCUAAGAUUAAUACUAAAAAGGCGACUCCGACCGAUAAACCAAAAGUCGAGAAACGUAGAUCUGAAACCACUAACGCUAAAGUGAAGUCGACGGAAGGAGUUACCCCUGUCAAGCCUAAGGAUCCGAUACCAAGUGUCGAUCCGUUCAAAAGCGUUGAAAGGGUUUCCAAACUUAUUGAUAAGGACUCGAUCAGCCACCUCUCCUUUAGGAAGAACGAUCGAGUCGACCCGAUAAGUUCAGAAAAACACCUACCAGAUCAGAUUGAAAGAGUUGCCUUGUCGACCACAGAUCUUACUGCGAAUAGAUCAACAGUCGCUUCCGAUCAAGUUUCAGCUUCAAAGACUUUACCCGAUAACGUCUCCAACGCAGCGAUAACACUACUGAGCGGUGGACAGACUUUUAAUCGACCAGUCAACCAAUCGACCCAGAAGAAAUUAGAUAACUACUUCAUUCCUCAAGGUCGUACAGGCAGAUUGGUCUCAUCUAGAUCGUUGGAUCAUCCGAACAGCUCCGCUCCCUCGGAGUCUUAUCAACUCAAAACCAUUGUAAUUCAAGAACCUAUCACUUACUUUAACCAUGUCUCGCACCAGGAGCCACCGCCCAACUUUGGUCGAAGCCCAAGAUUUUACCGUGCCCUAGGGGAAGACAUUCUACUCAAAUUUCGUCCAGCUCUUCAUCCGCUUCUUCAAGCGGUGAAGCUCAAUCUCGAGUACUACCGAAAAGCGGAGAGGAAAAAAGACGAGUCGAUGAAAGUGGUAGCUCUCCGAGCAGCAGCGGGACUCCAGAAGGACUUAUCAAUCUCCAUCAACAAGGAGGAGUUCCAGAACCUCUUCAGCUGGGAUCCGAUGUCCGAAUUCGAGGAGUACACGAACGGCCAAAAGGGCCGAGCGUUCCUGAACAACGAGGUUCCGCUAGCAACACCUACUCCACCUCCAGAGGUGCAGAUGACCCCACCCGAUCAAGACAUGACUCAGAAUCAACAGUCGGUGUAUCAACCGGAGGUAUACCAACCUCAACAACAGAUGUUCUACCAUCAGAACGGAUAUUAUUAUCCGUACCCUCCCGCCAAUCCGUACUGGCAUCAGACGGGCUACGACCAGAACGGGUCGACUUAUCCGCACCAUCACCCACCACCUCAGCAGUGGAACGAGUCCACUCAAGUUCAUCAAACAGACACGACGAUUCCGCAACCACUGCCAGAGAGGAACGAGGUAAUGAAUCAGGACAAGAACGAGCCGUUCCAAAAGAAAAAGAAAAACAACAAAAGCAAGGAGGCCACAAAGAAACCAAACUGGGUACCACCAGUAAACUCCAAUCGAGCUCCUCGGUACUCGAGCGCAGCAAGCGCGAGGGAACAACGUCGAAGGUCUUACCAACUCUCGAUCCAUCAGGAGAUGAUAAGGCUCAACAGGACUACUCAAGCGCAAUAUCAAGCUCUAGAGUCCAUGCGAAGUCAGAACGCAGGAGUCGCGAAUCGUCGUCGACUCCAAGGGGAAGAUCAGACUCCAAGAAACUAACAGCUGACGAAUUAACUCAGAUGUCA